CACGUUGGGUCUGAUUUAGUCGUUAACGCGCGGCCAACACGAUCACAUCGCAGAUCCGACCAACUAACCAUCACUUAGUUAUAGUACUAUAUCAUAUAUAGCAUAUAAGUGCGCGUCUUGUGGAUCUACGUUGAUUUAGAUUUAUGUUUUGAUUUCGGCUGUCGGUUAAUUACUUAGCCAGUGUUUCUCAGAGUGUGACUUGUUUCUUUAUGCAAAAGAAGUUGCAAUUAUCCAGAGCCACAAGUUACCCAAGCGAGUGUUUCGCAAGCCUCAAAAAAAAUCAAACACCAGAGUCGUCAUGAGUAAAAAUGGACACAGCAAUGCAGCCUUCGUGGGGGAUCGGGCGGACAAGCUGGAGCUGGCCGAGAAGGGCCAGAAGAACAAGGCCAUAGUGGCCAAGGAUCCCGACUACAAUCCCUAUCAUCACCGCAAUGUAGAGCAUCCUACAACAAACUCGGAAACCCUGUUCCAUUUGCUGAAAGGAUCGCUGGGCACUGGCAUCCUGGCCAUGCCCAAUGCCUUUCGCAACUCUGGCUAUAUCACAGGAUCCAUUGGAACCAUAGUCAUAGGAUUCAUUUGCACAUAUUGCAUCCAUCAGCUGGUCAAGGCGGAGUUUGAACUGUGUCGCCGGAAGAAGAUGCCCAGCAUGAAUUAUCCUGCGGUGGCGGAGACAGCACUCGGUGAAGGACCAAAGUGUUUCCGUGUCCUGGCCCCGUACAUUGGCACCGUCGUUAAUACCUUCCUGCUGAUCUACCAACUGGGCACCUGCUGUGUCUACGUGGUCUUCGUGGCCUCCAACAUCAAGGCCAUUGUGGAUGCGGUCGGCGACACCAAUAUCGAUGUGAGGCUCUGCAUGAUCAUCAUCCUGCUUCCGCUGAUCCUGAUCAACUGGGUGCGCAACCUCAAAUACCUGGCUCCCUUCUCCACGCUGGCCAAUGCCAUUACCAUGGUGUCCUUCGGCAUUAUCUGCUACUACAUCUUCCGAGAGCCGCUGUCCACGGAGGGCAAGGAUGCCUUUGGCAAGCCGGAGAACUUCCCGCUCUUCUUCGGCACCGUGCUCUUCGCCCUGGAAGCCAUCGGUGUUAUCCUGCCGUUGGAAAACGAGAUGAAGACGCCGCAGAAGUUUGGCGGCAGCUGUGGAGUCCUCAACGUCUCCAUGGUCCUUAUUGUGUUCCUUUACGUGGGCAUGGGUCUCUUUGGCUACCUCAACUAUGGAGCCUCUGUUUUGGGAUCCAUUACUCUCAACAUGCCAGAGCAUGAAAUCCUGUCGAUGUGCGUCAAGGGCAUGUUGGCCUUCGCCAUCUACAUUACCCACGGCCUGGCUUGUUAUGUGGCCAUUGACAUCACCUGGAACGACUAUGUGGCCAAGCGGUUGGGUGCGCAGCGCAAUGUCCUCUUCUGGGAGUAUGCUGUGCGAACGAUCCUCGUCCUGAUCACCUUCCUCCUGGCUGUGGCCAUUCCCAACCUGGAGCUGUUCAUCUCCCUGUUUGGAGCUCUGUGCCUAUCUGCCUUGGGCUUGGCAUUCCCAGCCCUGAUUCAAAUCUGCACGCACUGGUACCAGACCAAAGGACUCAGCAAGGCUUGGCUGAUAUUGAGCAACUUUGUUCUCAUCAUUGUGGGUAUCUUGGGCCUGGUUAUCGGCACAUAUACCUCCCUCAAGGAGAUUGUGUUGACCUUUUCCGAGUAGUUUUGUGAAUACGUAACGCCAGCGGGCAUUCCAAUUCCAAGCGAAAGUAUUAUGAGCAAUCCGAGGGAUAUCGAAAUCUGUAGCAUUCGCAUCGCAGCACAAAUGACAAGACGGAGAGAGACACAGAUCCAGAUUCAAUCCAAGAUAGAGAGAUACAGAUGCAGAUACUAGCUGUAUAAACUUCUAAUCUGAAACAUGUUGUGUAUUUGUAUAGAAUUUAUCAGAUUUGUGAUAUUUUUAAGCAUCGUGCCCAAGAAUCCGUACAACAAUUGUGUGUUUACCAUAAAUGUAUAUCUUUAUCUAGUGUAUAACAUCUUGAUAAGUAGUUUAUAGCCAAGUCACAUCUUUAUAAGCCUUAUUUAAAUUACGAUAGCAGUGAUUCACGACAAUAAACAUAUUUUGCCAUACUAA